AUGUCCGACGAUCUCUGGGCCGAAUGGUCCAAGGACAUCCCCAAGCCCACGGACCCUUUCCUUCAGCAGUACUUUGCCGGCCGCACGAACCUCAUCCACACCGAACAAAAGACCCGAUCCGACGCGUCGUUCCGCACGAACCUGUCGCCCAUUGCCCGUCGCGCGUGCACCAUUGUCGAGCGCAUCAAGCUCGAGGAGAAGCAGACGAUAUGGACGCCCAAUUUCGAGGAGACCUUGGCGCAGGGGACCGAUCGCACCCUGUUCCCGGGGAUGAUGUUCAUGCUGGCCAAGGAGCGGAUGGAGGGCACCAAGCUCUGGAACAUUGUGCGCCGGAUGCCAAAGGGCGCGCUGCUGCACGCGCAUAUGGACGCCAUGGUGGACUUUGACUACCUUAUCGACGAGCUCCUCAAACUGGAGGGGAUGCACAUGGCCAGUGACCGCCCGCUGACGACGCCCCAGGCCAAGGAGGAUGCCGACAUUCAGUUCCGGUACAGGGCCCAGGCGAGGACGGAGGGCAACAUGUGGGACGACAGCUAUGAAAAGGGCAGCUUCCUCCUCUUGUCCCAGGUGGCGGACCAGUACCCCGACGGGGGGCGGGAGGGCUACGCCAAGUGGCUCAAGAGUCGAUGCACGCUGCACCUCGAGGACAGCACGAAUCAGCAUCAUGGCAUUGACGCCAUCUGGCGCAAGUUUGGCAAGUGCUUCAUCGUCGUGGCGACGAUUCUUCACUACGAGCCCAUGUGGCGGCUCUUUUUGCGGCGGCUCAUGUCCAUGCUGAUGGAGGAUGGUGUCACUUGGGCCGAGCUACGCUUCACGUGGCCCCUCGACUACUGCCGCGCCAAGCACGAGGAACCAGAGCAGGACUACAUGAACAUGUUCGACGUCCUCCAGGAGGAGAUGGACCGCUUCAAAGCGUCGCCCGAAGGCCAGGGCUUCUGGGGCCUCACUACCAUAUGGACCAGUCUCCGCAGCCAGCCGACGCGGUCCAUCAUUGAGAACAUGGACAACUGCAUCACCACCAAGAUGGCCUUCCCCCACCUCAUCGCCGGCUACGACCUCGUGGGGCCCGAGGACUUUGGGCGUCCGCUCAAGGAUCUCCUGCCGGAGCUCAUGUGGUUCAAGAAGCAGUGCGCCAUGGAAAAGGUCAACCUGCCCUUCUUCUUCCACGCGGGCGAGACCCUCGGCGACGGCUCCGACACGGACCAGAACCUCUACGACGCCAUCCUACUGGGCACGCGCCGCAUCGGACACGCCUACAGCCUGUACAAGCACCCGCUGCUCAUCGACAUGGUCAAGGAGAAGCGCAUCCUCGUCGAGUCGUGCCCCAUCUCCAACGAGGUCCUACGGCUCUGCUCGUCCAUCAGCGCGCAUCCCCUCCCGGCCCUGCUCGCGCGAGGCGUGGCGUGCUCCCUCUGCAACGACGACCCGGCCAUGCUCGGGCAGGACACGACGGGCAUGUCGCACGACUACUGGCAGGCUCUCCAGGGGUGGGACAACCUCGGUCUGGCCGGCUUGGGCAGUCUCGCCGAGAACAGCAUCCGGUGGGCUGCGUUCGAGGAGCAGACCCAGGAGCAGUGGGUCAAGGGUGUUCGGGAGGCGAGCGUCGGCCAGGGUGUCAAGGCGGACCGUAUCCGCGCGUGGCAAGUCGAGUGGGAGAAGUACUGCCUGUGGAUCGUCGAGGAGUUUGGGGAGGAGUAUGACCCGGACGCGGACACGGCUGAGCCGGCAGCGGAGGCUCCGUCUACCGCGGAAGCUGGGCCAGCAUGA